CCCGGGUCGGUUAUCCUCGAGUUUGUGGGUCGCUGAGUCCCGGCCCCAGCUUUGCCCUCGUCAUGGCGCCUCUGCUGCAGAUGCUGUGGCUGCUGGCGCUGCUCCGGGCAGUGGUCCUGGUCCCGGUCCCCGCCAAGCCCUGGGCCGAUGACGAGCAGGCCUGGGAUCUGUCGUCCUCAGAGCUGCUGGCGCCCGCCCGCUUCGCACUGGACAUGUACAAUUACGGCCGUGCUGCGGGGACGAGGGCCGUGCUGGGGGCCGUACGCGGGCGCGUCCGCCGGGCGGGUCGAGGCUCUCUCUUCUCUCUGGAAGCCACAAUGGAGGAGCCAUUUUGCAAUGAUCCACUGUUGUGCCUGCUACCUGUGACCAAUAAAACCAUGCUCUGCAGCUUCCAAAUCCUGGAUGAGCUAGGAAAACACAUGCUACUGAGGAGGGACUGUGGCCCAGUGAAUAUCAAGGCUACAGAGCAUGGAAACGAGACUUUCAGCUCAUUCCUUCCACUGCUGAACGAGGAGCCCCUACCCCAGGACUUUUCUGUAAAGAUGACUACAGUCUUCAAGGACUUCAUGAUUACCUAUAACCGGACUUAUGAAUCAAGGGAAGAAACCCAGUGGCGCUUGACUGUCUUUACCAGAAACAUGGUAAAAGCACAGAAGAUUGAGGCCUUGGACCGUGGCACAGCUCAAUAUGGGAUCACCAAAUUCAGUGACCUCACAGAGGAGGAAUUCUACACCAUCUACCUGAAUCCCCUCUUACAAAAGAAGCCUGGCAGCAAGAUGAGUCUAGCCAAGUCCAUAAAUGAUCCCGCCCCACCUGAAUGGGACUGGAGGAAGAAAGGGGCGGUCACUAAAGUGAAGGACCAGGGCAUGUGUGGCUCCUGCUGGGCUUUCUCUGUCACAGGCAAUGUGGAGGGCCAGUGGUUCCUGAACCAGGGGACUCUGCUCUCCCUGUCAGAGCAGGAGCUCUUGGAUUGCGACAAGAUGGACAAGGCCUGCUUGGGUGGAAUGCCCUCCAAUGCCUACACAGCCAUAAAGAGUUUGGGAGGGCUGGAGACAGAGGAUGACUACAGCUACAAAGGCUAUGUUCAGGCCUGCAACUUCUCAGCACAGAAGGCAAAAGUUUACAUCAAUGAUUCAGUGGAGCUGAGCAAGAACGAGAGCAAGAUGGCAGCCUGGCUGGCCCAGAAAGGACCGAUCUCAGUUGCCAUCAAUGCCUUUGGCAUGCAGUUCUAUCGCCAUGGGAUUGCCCACCCUCUCAGGCCCCUCUGCAGCCCUUGGCUCAUCGACCAUGCUGUGCUGCUGGUGGGCUAUGGCAACCGUGAGUUCCACUGGCCUCCUGCUUAUCCUUCCAGCCACCCCAGGCCACGGCUCCAACACUCCUUAUUGGGCCAUCAAGAACAGCUGGGGCAGUAACUGGGGUGAGGAGGGUUACUACUACUUGUAUCGUGGGUCUGGAGCCUGUGGUGUGAAUACUAUGGCCAGCUCGGCAGUGGUGAACUGAGGGACUUGCUGGCAGAGGACCAGAUGCUGACCACAGUGGCCCCUUCUUUAGCCUGACUCAUGCCCAGGCCCCUCCUCAGGAGGUGCAGCUGGCUGAGGGACAGGCUCUUGGUACCUCAGGGUGAGCAGUGGGCCCUGGGCCCCUUCUUCCCUCCCUCUCAUGCCCUCCUGAAGUUUCCCAGCUGCAUCUUUGUUGAAUUGUGGAAGCUAGGAGGAUCCUGAGGUGAAGGAGGCUUUCAUGGAAGCCAACGCUGGGGCAGGAACCCCAGGCUCGGGUAAGGUGCAGAAUGGAAAUAGUCUUAUCAUAACCUAGCUUUGUCUUCAGUGAGCUCUGAAUUCCUGCCUUGGUUUUCCUCUGUCUGAUGCUGUAAAUUUUCUGGUCCCCUUUCACAUCCAGGAAACUUGUAACCAGCCUUCUCUAAGAGCAAUAAAGAGGUACCCUGCUCCCCA